GUUCUUCUGUAUUUUGUUGAUUUCAAAAAUCCUUUUGACUCUUGCCUUUAUUUAAGGCAAAUGUUUAAAUUAUUAUUAAAGUAAAUAAUCUUAAUAUAACAAUGGAAGGGUCAACAGACAAUAAUUCGACGGCAACAAAGAAUAUAACAGAAAACUCCGCCGAAAUAAUAUCUGGCGGUCAUGUAUUCUAUAAUCCUGUUCAAGAAUUCAACCGUGAUUUGAGUGUGUCUGUUCUUAACGUUUAUUUUAAACGACUUCAAAAAGAAAGAUUGGAACAAGCAUUGAAGAAGAAUAAAAAUAACGAAAACAACGUAGAUGGACAGGAGAAAACCUACGUUCCAGGACAAAAAUAUGAGGAUGGCAUGCGAAUACUUGAAGCCUUAUCUGCAACUGGAUUGCGAAGUAUUAGAUAUGCUAAGGAAAUUGCAGGAGUCCGAGAAAUAAUCGCCAAUGAUUUGUCCCAAAAAGCUGUUGAAUCAAUCAAAGAAAAUAUAAAACACAACAAUGUAGAACACCUGAUAAUUCCUAGCCAUGCAAAUGCAAUGACUCUUAUGUACCUCUCUACUGAGCAUGACAAACGUUAUGAUGCUAUUGACUUGGAUCCAUAUGGCUGUCCGAAUAUGUUCAUUGAUGGUGCAGUUCAGAGCAUCCGUCCUGGGGGCUUAUUGUUGGUGACAGCAACAGAUAUGGCAGUUUUGGCUGGCAAUACUCCUGAAGCUUGUUUUGUAAAAUACGGAUCGGUUCCUCUAAGAAAUAAGUCAUGUCAUGAAAUGGCCCUCCGAAUACUUCUAAGAGCUAUUGAAGGACACGCAAAUCGUUAUGGCAAAUACAUAGAACCACUGCUUUGUGUCUCAGCUGAUUUCUACAUUCGAAUAUUUGUACGCGUUCAUGUUAGCCAGGCAACAUGUAAAUACAGUAUAUGCAAGCAGUCUAUGAUAUAUCAAUGCACGGGUUGUGAAAUACUAACACUGCAGCCCUUAGGAGUAACUAAACCAAAUCCAAGUGAAAAUGCCCCAGAUCGAGUCAAAUUUGGUCUCCCAACUGGCCCUCAAGUGGGACCAAACUGUGCACAUUGCGGGCACAAGCAUCAUUUAGGUGGUCCAAUCUGGUCAGCUCCAAUCCACGACAAAACAUUCGUUCGUGAGCUGUUAGACGAAAUCCAAAAAGAACCACUUAGUAAACUAGGCACAAACCGUCGAUUGGUUGGAAUGUUGAGUGUAGUAGAGGAGGAACUCGAUGAUGUGCCGCUCUAUUAUUCACUGGACAAACUUUGUUGUGUCGUGAAAUUGGAAAUAAUGCCGAUUCUUAAGUUCCGUUCAGCCUUAUUGCAUGCCGGAUAUAAAGUAUCGUUCUCUCACGCCUGCAAGAAUUCUAUCAAGACGAAUGCACCAGCGUCUGUUGUUUGGGAUAUUCUACGCUGUUGGAAUGUAACUAAUCCGGUUAAAAAAGAUCGAAUGCUAGAUGGGACACCAGUUAAGGAGAUUCUCUGUGUUCCACCCAAGAUUCAGUAUGAAUUGAAUGAAAUCCAUCCUGAUGCAAAUCCAGAUAGUAGGAAAAAUGCUUUAUCAAGAUUUCCUGGAAAUCCAACUGCCCAUUGGGGACCGGGAACUAGAGCCACAAUUAUGAUUGGCGAAGAUAAGAUUGCGAAGAGUUUUAGAAAUCAAAAUAAAAAUAAGAAACAAAAGUCAACUUCCUCACCUAUGGAAGAAGGUGAAGAACAACAACAAUCAAAGCAUUUGAAAUUAGAAGAAGAACCUUCUUUAUAAAGUUUCUGUUCAUUUAAUUUUUUUUUUUAA